AUGGUGUUGGAAAAGAAGGGCUCGGCUCGAGCCGACACGGCGGGCCAGCGCAGGGUUCUGGAUGACGCCACCCGCCAUAGAAGGCUGACCAGGCAGCUCGAGGCUCUGGAGAAAGACAACUUCCAGGACGAUCCUCUGAGCUCCCUGCCCCCGCCCGGACCGACCGCCCGUCUCCCGGCCUUCAGUGAAACGGAGGAACCCGAGAAAAAGAAGAGGAAGACGCGGGGCGACCACUUCAAGUUGCGCUUCAGGAAGAACUUCACGGCGCUUCUGGAGGAGGAGAACUUAGCGGACAAGCCGGAGCCCAACUACCUUUCGGCGCUGGUUCCGCCGUCGUCGCUCCCGCCGCGCCAUUUUUGCUGCGUGUGUGGCUUUCCUUCCAACUACACUUGCACAACAUGCGGGGGGCGCUACUGCUGCGGCAAGUGUUUGGUGACUCACCGGGAGACGAGAUGUCUCAAGUGGACGCUGUGACGGACGCUGCCUCGUGCCCGGCAAAUUUUGUAUGGAUGAAAUUACAUAUUGGUGUUUCUUUUGUUGUCAGUUUUACAGUGAACUUAAAUUGGGGGUGACAAAAGCAAGCAACUACACUGCGCCAAUUUUGGGGGAGAGCUGUGUGAGUGAAAGUAAGCAAUGUUACUUCUAAAGUGUGUUGUUAAUAAGUUUAAGUGUGUGGCACCAAUAAAAGUUUUUAUAUUUUUA